AUGCAGCUCCUCCGCAUCCUGGACUAUUUCUGUGUAGAAAGUAGCGGGGUGAAGGUUCGCAAUGGUGGCGCCGGAGGCAACAGCCGCAACGCCGACUGGAUGGGCUCCCUGUGUCCCGCCCUCACCUCCAUGCCCCUCAGGUACCUGGCGGUUCCAGGCUCCCACGACUCGUUCAGUUUCUGGGUGGACGAGGAGGCUCCGGUGGGCCCGGACCAGACGGCAGUGGUCAAACACUUAGCGGUGGUGUUCCGGCUGCUGGCCAAGAAGGUGAUGAAGAAGUGGUCCAUGACCCAGAAUUUGACCUUUCGGGAGCAGCUGGAGGGCGGUAUCCGCUACUUUGACCUGCGGGUGUCCUCUAAGCCGGGUGAGCCAGGGUACGAGGUCUACUUCAUCCACGGCCUGUUUGGCCUCAAGGUGCGAGAUGGCCUCGGUGACAUCGACGCGUUCCUCAGCGAGCACCCCAAGGAAGUGGUCUUCCUGGACUUUAACCACCACUACGCCAUGAGCGAGGACCACCAUCGCUACCUCAUUGCCACACUGCAGGAAGUGUUUGGCCCCAAGCUCUGCAAAGUCAAUGUUGUGGAGGACAUCACACUGGACUACCUGUGGAAACGCAAGUACCAGGUGAUAGUGUUUUACCACCACCCAUGUGCGGAGAAGCGGCCCUUCCUUUGGCCGGGCAGUAAGAUCCCAGCCCCCUGGGCCAACACCACGGAUGCCUGCAAGCUGAUCCAGUUCCUGGAGACGACGCUGGGCGAACGCUCGCAACACGACACCUUCCAUGUAUCCCAGGCGAUCCUUACACCCCGUGUCAAGACCAUUGUCAGGGGCCUCAUCCAGGGUCUCCGUGACCACCUAGUGGAGAGGAAUCUGCCCAUCAUAAUGACAUGGGUGGAGGCUCAGAAACCCGGAGUCAACGGUGUCAACAUCAUCACCUCUGACUUUGUAGAGCUGGUAGACUUUGCCUCCACUGUAAUUAAGCUCAACAACCUGUUGUUGCCAAACCUUCCCCUGAUGUGA